AUGGAUCUGCAAAAGAGAAGGAAACUACUCUUGGAGGCUGAGGUCAAAUACUAUGUUUACCAAGUUAUUCAGGCCUGUCUGUACCUCCACUCCAACCAAAUAGUGCACCGUGACCUAAAGAUUGGCAACCUCUUCAUUGACAACAUGAAGAUCAAGGUUGGCGACUUUGGUCUGUCCACCAAGAUCGAGCAAGGCGAGAGGAAAAAGACGAUAUGUGGAACACCAAACUAUAUGGCACCAGAGGUAUUGGACAACUCUAAUGGACAUAGUUAUGAGGUGGAUAUAUGGUCCAUCGGUAUCAUCCUGUACACACUCUUGGUUGGCAGGCCACCGUUUGAGACACAGGAUGUCAAGACCACAUACCAACGCAUCAAGCAGAACCAGUACACCUUCCCCAAAGAGUCCCCAAUCAGUGACGACGCCAAGAGACUCAUUGUAUCCAUAUUAAAUCCUAUCCCAGAACAACGACCAAAGCUUAAUCAAAUACUACAACAUAACUUCUUCACAUUCUCAUCGAUUCCAAAGUAUCUGCCAGUGUCCGCGCUCACUGUUCCACCCGUUAAGUUGCAACAACAGCCGACUAUUGUUGCGCCAUUGCCAUUGUCUGACAGCACCAAUAUAGUGAGCCAGAGGCAACAACCAUCACAACCAACAACACAAUAUAUCCCAACAACAACAACAUCAACAUAUCAUCAUCAAUCACCUAGCAAGUAUAAACAAUCACCAAGUAAGAAGAUCCAACAACUCCAUCCCCAACAACAACAACAACAACAACGUACACUCUCACCAAGAUCACAACAAAAGCUGGAAGAGGUGGAGAAGGAUGACUUCCACUUUAGGAAGCUUAGGAAACUGGAGAAGAUGAAGGAGAAUGAUAUGAUGGCCAAUAUAUUAAAGAAUAAGAUGACGACGACGGGAGUGACAUCGACAUCGACACUCCCAGCCCCAACACUGGACACCAACAACAACAACAAUAAUAACGAACACAAGGACAAGGUCAAGGAACUUGAAGCCAAGAUUGCCAACAACUAUAUUACCGAACCUUUUAAUGGCGGACAGCCUGGAAUGAUGCCAAGCUCACUUGUAUAUGUUGCCCAGUACUCUGACCACUCUAACAAGUAUGGACUUGGCUACAUGUUGUCUAACAACACUGUUGGUGCCUACUUCAACGACUCGACCAAGAUCAUCUGUCUUGUGUCCACAGGUAUCGCGCACUAUAUGGAGCAUGCCAAGGGCACGGAAGGUGAUGGAAGAAGGAUAGUCAAUGUCAACGAGACACAUCCACACGACACUCAGAAGAAGGUCAGUCUGCUCAAGUUCUUUAGCAACCACUUUGGCCUUCAACUCUUGUCUGAGCAGCAGCAGCAGAUCGUAGAUGGCAGCAGCACCAGCAGCACUGCACCGAUGCAGUCAUGCCCAGUCUACGUGAAGAAGUGGAUCAAAGCCAACAAGGGCAUUGCCUUUAGGCUUAGCGACAACACGAUUCAGAUGAACUUUGUCGACAAGUCAAUGAUCGUCAUCACCAAGGAUCAGAUGGUCACCUACGUUGGCAGCGAUGAGACCACCAUCAAGACUGACAGAUUGGCCAACUUUGUCGCGGCACAGGAUGCCAAAGUAGUCAGCAGGAUCCGAUAUACCAAGGAGAUAAUCGUCAGUCUCUAUCACAAGAAGCCAGACGACAUGCUUUAA